CUAGGAAGGCCCGCCGAGUGGGCAUGACGGUUGCGCGUAAUGGCUUCCGACGUGUUAUGAGAUGACUGCUCCUAAACUCUUUUCCUCUUCGCCUGUGCUAACAUUAAUCCUCUUACUUGACAAUUUAUCAUCUUCAGGAAUCGUGAAGCAUUCAUUAUUGCUCCGUCCAUUCGCAUCCAAUUCUACAUCUAAAUCAGCAACAAAAUGAGUGCAGAAAACAAGUCGGAUGUGCAGGAAUCGAAGCAAAUCCGAGCAUCCGUUCUCCACGGCGCAAAAGACCUUAGAAUCGAAUCACGCUCCCUCUCUCCCCCCUCCCCAUCAGAGCUCCAAAUCAGCAUCCGCAGCACCGGUCUCUGCGGCUCAGAUCUGCACUACUACCGCCACUACCGCAAUGGCGACAUCAUCGUGCAAGAGCCCAUGUCCCUUGGCCACGAAUCGGCCGGCGUAGUCGUGGGCGUAGGCUCGUCCGUGACCAACUUCCAGGUCGGCGACAAGGUAGCGCUGGAAGUAGGGCAGCCGUGCGAGCAAUGUGAGCGGUGCAAGGAAGGGCGGUAUAACAUCUGCAAAGCGAUGCGGUUCAGGAGUAGUGCGAAGAGCUUUCCGCAUGCGCAGGGGACGCUGCAGGAGAGGAUCAAUCAUCCUGCUGCGUGGUGUCAUAAGCUGCCCGACGAUGUCUCGCUGGAUCUUGGCGCCCUGCUCGAACCUUUGAGCGUUGCUAUCCAGGCUUCUCGGAGAGCACAACUAGGCGCAGGCGCAACGGUGCUUGUAUUUGGAGCGGGCGCUGUUGGUCUGCUGGUAGCUGCUAUGGCGAAGAUUUCAGGCGCGGGCACGGUGGUUAUAGCUGAUAUCGAUGCUGGACGCGUGCAGUUUGCAGUGGACAACAAGUUCGCCCACCGAGGCUUCACAGUGCCGCUGAAGAGAGGGAGCACAAUAGAAGAGCAACUCGAGAUUGCAAAGGAGACAGCAGCGGAGAUUGGAAAGAUCUCGAAGGAGAGCGGAGGAGAGGUGGAUGAGGUGGAUGCCGUGUUUGAGUGCACUGGCGUGCCGUCUUGCGUUCAAGCAUCCAUCUACGCAACUCGACCAGGCGGCAAGAUCCUGCUGAUCGGCAUGGGCACGCCCAUUCAAACGCUUCCCAUCUCCGCAGCAGCCCUCCGCGAAGUCGACAUCGUCGGCGUCUUCCGCUACGCCAACACGUACCCGACUGGCAUCGAAGUCGUGUCAAAGAAGGGGCCCGAUUACCCAGACUUUUCUAAACUCGUCACACAUAGGUACAAGGGUCUGGAAGCUGCCGUAGAGGCGUUCGAGAUGGCGGGCAAAACGAAGGAUGACAGUGGAAAAUUGGUUAUCAAGGUUGUACUUGAGACUGGUGAAGAGGAGAGCUCGAGUCUGUGAGCGCGCUAUCAUUGUAUGCAAUGCUUAAACCGUCUUAGGCCUGUGGCUGCGCUCUUGAAUAAUUGAAAUGAUAUGAUGACGUAUGCGGGAGGAUUUCAGCCAUAUGAGCAUUCUCUUGCAUUUACAACCGAACAUUGCCUAAAUGACC